GGUCCAUCCAGGAAAAGGUCACGUAAGCACGAUAAAGUAGAAGAUGAGAGAAGCAGCAAAAAAUCAGGACAGCAUUAUGAGUUUGCAGACAGCAACUCUGAUACUGUUACAGUCAGAACUGGCCAUGAUCUUGCUCACAGUAGUAGCAAUAUUGAUCUGGCUGAAGGUGCAGGUGCUGUGGAAGAGACUGAGGAGGAAGUCAACCAGCAGAUGAACAACAAAGACCCACAGCCAGGGGGAUCUCAGAAGAGAUCAAGGGAAAGCGAUGAAGAAGAGGAUAGGAGAGGUCUGCCUGGUCCAUCCAGGAAAAGGUCACGUAAGCACGAUAAAGUAGAAGAUGAGAGAAGCAGCAAAAAAUCAGGACAGCAUUAUGAGUUUGCAGACAGCAACUCUGACACUGUUACAGUCAGAACUGGCCAUGAUCUUGCUCACAGUAGUAGCAAUAUUGAUCUGGCUGAAGGUGCAGGUGCUGUGGAAGAGACUGAGGAGGAAGUCAACCAGCAGAUGGACGACAAAAACCCACAGCCAGGGGGAUCUCAGAAGAGAUCAAGGGAAAGCGAUGAAGAAGAGGAUAGGAGAGGUCUGCCUGGUCCAUCCAGGAAAAGGUCACGUAAGCACGAUAAAGUAGAAGAUGAGAGAAGCAGCAAAAAAUCAGGACAGCAUUAUGAGUUUGCAGACAGCAACUCUGACACUGUUACAGUCAGAACUGGCCAUGAUCUUGCUCACAGUAGUAGCAAUAUUGAUCUGGCUGAAGGUGCAGGUGCUGUGGAAGAGACUGAGGAGGAAGUCAACCAGCAGAUGAACAACAAAGACCCACAGCCAGGGGGAUCUCAGAAGAGAUCAAGGGAAAGCGAUGAAGAAGAGGAUAGGAGAGGUCUGCCUGGUCCAUCCAGGAAAAGGUCACGUAAGCACGAUAAAGUAGAAGAUGAGAGAAGCAGCAAAAAUCAGGACAGCAUUAUGAGUUUGCAGACAGCAACUCUGACACUGUUACAGUCAGAACUGGCCAUGAUCUUGCUCACAGUAGUAGCAAUAUUGAUCUGGCUGAAGGUGCAGGUGCUGUGGAAGAGACUGAGAAGGAGGGAUCUAAGAAGAGAUCAAGGGAAGAUGAUGAAGAAGAGGAUAGGAGAGAUAGCAAAUGAUUCAAACAUUAAGAUGAGACACCAGUGA